GGUUCAUCUCCACACCGACUGUUUCUCGAAUGACAUCAGAUGAAGUGAUUGAGAUGCGUAAUGAGCUCUUUACCAAGGAGAAAGAGAGACAGCUAUCUCUGUAUCCACGAAUUGAGAAAAUUGAAGUAAAAUACACUGGAAAAUCUCACCCUGGCAGCGUGUUUGUAAUGAACAAAGCUUUGUCUACUCCAUACAAUUGUGCCAUGCACUUAAGUGAAUGGCAUUGCAAGAAAUCCGUUCUAGCUCUUGUGGAUGGUGAAGUCUGGGAUAUGUACAGACCCUUGACCAAAUCAUGUGAAAUUCAGUUCCUUACUUUCAAAGAUGAAGAUCCAGAGGAAGUAAACAAGGCCUAUUGGCGUUCCUGUGCCAUGAUCAUGGCGUGUGUGUUAAAGCGAGCGUUCAAAGAUGAGUACUCAGUGAAUCUGAUUAAAUGUCUAGAAGUGCCAGUGAUCUCUGGAGCUUUCUGUUAUGAUGUAAUUUUGGACAAUAGACUGAAUGACUGGAAACCAACAAAUGACAACUUCCGUUCUCUUACAAGGGAUGCCAGAAAGCUAAUUGAUAAAGACCUGCCAUUUGAAACACUGCAUGUUGAAGCAAAGGUAGCACGUGAAAUGUUUCAGCAUAACAG